UAAGAGGAUUCAGAAUAUCAAGAAGUUGGAUCAAAAUGUCGAGAAGCAAUUCCUAGCAGAAGUUGAGAUAUUGGGCACAAUUCACCAUUCCAACGUAGUGAAUUUGUUGAGUUGCAUUUCUAGUGAGACUACAAAACUUAUUGUUUAUGAGUAUUUGGGAAACCAUAGCUUGGAUAGUUGGCUCCAUGGAAAAAAGAGGCAAAGCAUAUCGGAUUCAGACCACGGUGUUGUCUUGGAUUGGCCUAAGCGGUUGAAAAUUGCCGUGGGAGCUGUCCGAGGGCAAUGCUACAUGCACCAUGAUUGCAAACCUUCAGUAAUUCACCGAGAUGUGAAAUCGAGCAAUAUUAUGUAGGAUUCUCACUUCAAUGCAAAAGUUGGAGAUUUCGGCCUAGCCAAGAUAUUGGUGAAGCAUGGUGGGCCUAAUACGAUGUCAGCUGUGGUUGGCACUGAUGGGUACAUUUGUCCAGAGUAUGCUAGGACAAUGAAAGCGAAUAGCUUCGGUGUUGUCCUUCUAGAACUAGUUACUGGUAAGAAAGCCAAUGAAGAAAAUGAAAAUAUGUGCCUUGCCGAUUGGGCAUCUCAAUAUUGCAAUCAAGAAGGAAACAACUUCGUUGAUGCCCUAGAUGAGAAGAUUAAAGAACCUCAUUACUUGCAUGAAAUGACUUCUGUUUUCAAGCUUGGGAUCAAUUGCAUUCGCCAACUUCCCUCCAAUAGGCCUAGCAUGCAGGAGGUUUUACAAAUCUUGCUCAAUUGCAGCCAUCAAUCGGGAUUUGGAGGGGGUAAUGUUGAGAGAGAAUGACUACAAUUCUGAUUUCUGAUGAUUUUAGGCAGGGAGCAUUUUUGAAGGCGAUGAUGGAAGUUUAUUGUUCAAUGUUUAGUUAGUCUUUUCAUUCUUGACUAUUACAUAAGCAUUCACAAUUACUACCACAAGAAAGCCGCCCCCUAUCUCUAAAGGGGCUUGUCAUUUCGUUCGUCUGUAGAAUCUGUCAUAAUGUCUCUCCACCCACAGCCAAAUGUUGGACCAUUUUAAUAUCUUUUAUUUAUUUGUUUAUAUUGUUCAUGAAUCUUCUUUUGUCUUA